AACCAUACAAGAUGUCAGCGCCCAUACCUCAACUAUUUCGCUUGUUGUGAAAUACCUUGAGAAGGCAUAUUAUGCCAAAAGGGAAGCAAUCUGAUCACGUUGGAUCAUUUUGUGCUAAACAGGAGAUCUAAAUAUCUGAACAAUGCCCAGAAAAGUAGCUUUCAGUGUUAAACAGAAGAAAAAACAAUUGCAGGAACGACGACAGAGAAAACAAGCGAGAUCAAAUGCAGACAAUGACACCGACUCAGACAGUGGUGAUGUGCAGGGGGAACGUGCAGUUGAAGGAUCAGCUGGAUCAGCCAUUACAGUGAACAAGAUCAACCAGCAGCCUUCAGAUGUACCAGAUAGAAGACUCGACCCCAACAGAUUCCGCUUACAUUUCUUCAAAAUGAGUGACAAGGAACUUGAGAAGAAGAGAGAGGAAUGUCUGAGGUUUUUAACGUCACUACCAGAGAAUGCCCUAGAGACAGACAUAGAUGACAUCUACAAGCCAGGAACUGUCCUGGACCUGCCAAAGAGACCGGCCUGGACCAGCGCUACAUCUAAACAGGUUCUGGAACAGAGAGAAGAUGAAUAUUUCCAGCGUUACCUUGACAACAUAUUUGCUGUGUAUGGCCCCAGGGAGCUGAGCUACUUCGAGAUGAACCUUGAGACCUGGCGGCAGCUGUGGCGCGUCACAGAGAUGUCGGACAUCAUGCUGCUUGUCACGGACAUCAGGCACCCAGCCCUGCACUUCUCACCAGCUCUCUACGAUCAUGUGACACGGGACCUCAACAAGCCCAUGAUCCUGGUCCUCAACAAGGUGGACCUUGCUCCACUCGGCCUGGUCGUGGCCUGGAAGGACUACUUUCACAAACACUUCCCCAAGUUACGCAUCGUCUUCUUCACAUCCUACGCCGAGGCAUCAAGCCACCAAGGAAGCUUGCAGCAUAGUAAAUGUUUGAACAAGGGCCACAAAACAGGAAGACGAAUUAAAUCAGUUGGUUCCAGAGAACUUCUAGAGGCUUGCGAGAAUCUUGUUGAAGGGAAAGCAGUUGACUUAAGCAGUUGGAGGUCAAAGGUUGAAUGUCAGGAGGUUGGCAAGGAUGAAGAUGCAGAUGUUGACACAAGUGAGGCGCCAACAUCAGCUGCAGAAACAUUGACAGAUGACAGCGGCCAUGUGAGAUACAGAGAUGGGGUGUUGACGAUAGGCUGUGUUGGAUAUCCCAAUGUUGGCAAGUCAUCUCUCAUUAAUGGCUUAGUUGGUAAAAAGGUUGUGAGUGUGUCGAAGACGCCAGGUCACACGAAGCAUUUCCAGACUAUUUUCCUCACACCAACUGUCAAACUGUGUGACUGCCCAGGACUUGUCUUCCCGUCUCUCAUAGAGAAACCAUUGCAGGUUCUGUCUGGUAUAUUCCCUGUGGCUCAUGUUAGAGACCCGUACUCCUGUAUCGCAUACCUGGCUUCUAGGAUCAACCUAACUCUCAUCCUCAAGCUCACUCAUCCUAAAGCAGAUCGGCUGAACGGCAAAGAUCUAAAAUGGACAGCAUAUGACAUAUGCAAUGAGUGGGCUGUGAAGUGUGGCUACAACACUGCCCGCGGGGCACGUCCCGACAUCUACAGAGCGGCCAAUCACAUUCUCAGGAUGACGGUGGAGGGGCGACUCCGACUUAACUUCACCCCGCCAGGAUACACAGAGAGUAAAGAGGCUUGGCGGGAUCACCCAGAAGUGAUAGUGUUACUGAGAAAGGGUCAGUCCGUCAUACGAGGAUAUCGGAGAGAAGUGGACACCUUGUUAUCUAGUGACACUGAUGAAGAGGAAGUGAUGUCAUCAGCUGCAUCAGCCAAUCAGAGGCCAGAAGAGGCGGAGACUUUAGAUGUUAGUAACCCCUUCUCUACGCUGUCUGGAGACUGAGGUUGUGAGGAAACUUAGGGAAAGUCGGCAGUUUUUAUCUGUGUACUCCGAUUUAAACAAUCUGUGAUAAAACUAGUGUGGUUGUUGGUUUAAGGCAGCAUUUCAGCAACACAGGAUCAGCAUUGGUUAUCUGCUGGUGGUCCACUCUAUUCAUUUAAAAAAAUAGUUUACUAUUUAAAUAGCUGGUAUGUAAGUGCCUGGGUUUGUUUGCAUCAACCAGUGAACAUUUAUCAUCCCCGUCAUGAAGACGAUAUAGUGAUGGGUGUUCUCCAUCCAUUCCUCCUCCCACCUCUCCAUCCUCGUCUUUUCAACACUGGUGGAAGAAAUAAAGAGAUGAAUCUA